UGUAGCUUAAGCCAAUGCGUGCUUGGGUUUGAACGAGAACAUUUGCCAUUUGAUCUCUUCACAUUAACCUCAGCAUGGGCUGAUUAAAGCCUCGAUUAGUUCACAUGAGCAUCCUAAUUACCAACAAAUUAACAGCUUCACCCCGGCCAGGUCAUGCCUCCCAAUUAAACCACCACAGGCGAGAGAAGCCGCGAGGGCACAAGAGAGAUGAUUGUUGCAUUGAUCGCCGUUCUGGUAUUUUCGGCACGGCCGGCGGCGACGGCGAUGCAACCAAGCGAGACGUGCCAGCGGCGGUGCGGCGACAUCGACAUCCCGUACCCGUUCGGCAUCGGCCCCGGGUGCCACCUCGAGACCGGGGACUGGACGUUCGUGCUCAGCUGCAACCGCACCGCGGAUGGGCGGCACCGGGUGUACAACUACAAGAUCGAGGUGCUGGACAUGUCCGUGCGUCUCGGGCAGCUGCGCAUCUGGAACUUCAUCAACCCGUGGUGCUACAACGGCACGACGCGGGAGAUGAACGACCAGAACAACUGGUGGUACAACAUGUCCAUCACCAACUUCCGCAUCAACGACGCGCAGAACCGGUUCACCGUCAUCGGGUGCAACUCGCUGGCCUACAUCCGCUCGCUCAACGAAACCACCGACAAGUACAUGACGGGGUGCAUGGCCAUGUGCCCCGCCGCGGGCCGGCUGGAGAACGGCUCCUGCGCCGGCGUCGGGUGCUGCCAGACGGCCAUCCCCAGCGGCCUCAACGCGUACCAGGUCUCCUUCGAAGAGAAGUUCAACACCUCGGGGAUCGCCAACUUCAGCCCCUGCAGCUACGCCGUGCUCGUCGAGGCCGCCGCCUUCGACUUCCGCACCACGUACGUCACCACCGACGAGUUCAUGACCGCCAGCGGCGGCCAGGUUCCGCUCGUGCUCGACUGGGCUAUCGGGAACCAGACGUGCGAGGAGGCCAAGCGGAACGCGUCCGCGUACGCCUGCGUCAGCAGCAACAGCGAGUGCGUCGACUCCAUGUACGGACGGGGCCGGGGUUACCUGUGCAACUGCUCCGCCGGUUACGAGGGCAACCCCUACCUGCUCAACAGCUGCCAAGAUAUUAACGAGUGCGAAGACGAAAGAUUCAACUACCCAUGCUCUGUUCCUGGUACUUGCACCAACACAAUUGGAUCAUUCUACUGCUCAUGCCCCGACAAGACGACGGGCAACGCUUACAAUGGAACGUGCGAGGAGAACAAAUCCCAAAUCGGUUGGCAGAUCGCCAUUGGUGUUAGCAGUGGCGUUGUCGUGCUGAUCGUCACGGCGUCCUGCCUUUACAUGAUCCACGAGAAGAGGAGGCUCGCCAAGAUCAAAACAGAGUACUUCAAGCAGCACGGUGGCCUCCAGCUGUUCGAGGAGAUGAAGUCGAGGCAGGGGCUGUCCUUCACGCUCUUCACCCAGGAGGAGCUCGAAGUGGCGACGAACAAGUUCGACGAGCGCAACGUGAUCGGGAAGGGCGGGAACGGCACCGUGUACCGGGGCACCACCAAAGACGACGAGACGGUGGCGAUCAAAAAGUGCAGGCUGGCCAACGAGCGGCAGAAGAAGGAGUUCGGCAAGGAGAUGCUCAUCCUGUCCCAGAUCAACCACCGGAACAUCGUCAAGCUCUACGGCUGCUGCCUCGAGGUGGAGGUCCCGAUGCUGGUGUACAAAUACAUGCCCAACGGCACCCUGUACAGGCUUAUCCACGCCCGGCGCGACGGGCCGCGCGUCCCGUUCUCGCUCCGCCUCAAGAUCGCGCACCAGGCUGCGGAGGCGCUCGCCUACCUCCACUCCUGGGCGUCCCCUCCGAUCAUCCACGGCGACGUGAAGGCGUCCAACAUACUCCUCGACGAGGACUACACCGCCAAGGUCUCCGAUUUCGGGGCCUCGACGGUGGCGCCGACAGACGAGGCCCAGCUCGUCACGUUCGUGCAGGGGACCUGCGGGUACCUGGACCCCGAGUACAUGAGGACGUGCAAGCUGACGGACAAGAGCGACGUGUACAGCUUCGGCGUGGUCCUGCUGGAGCUGCUGACUUGCAGGAAGGCGCUGAACCUGGAGGAGCUCGAGGAGGAGAAGUACCUCUCGUCGCAGUUCCUCCUGGUGCUCGGGGAGGACAGGCUCGGGGAGAUACUGGACGAGCAGGUGAAGGGCGAGCAGAGCUUCGAGCUGCUCGAGCAGGUCGCGGAGCUGGCGAAGCAGUGCCUGGAGAUGGCCAGCGACAAGAGGCCAUCUAUGAGACAAGUCGCGGAGGAGCUCGAUAGGCUGAGCAGGCUGUCCCAGCAUCCGUCGGGCCGGCAGAACUCCAAGGAGAUCCUGGCCUUGCUUGGUGGAUUGCCGAGCACGACCUCUAAAGUUGAAGUUAGUAGUACUAAGAAUAUUAGUUCUACUGAUACAGCGGACAUAGGGAUUAGAUCUCCACGUUAGUAGUACAUUUUUUUAUGCAUGAGCUAGGUCAUUCUUAAUACUAGUUUUUUUAGAUUUUAA